AGAAACACUUCACACCUUCCAGAUACACUAUACAUCCAGAUUAUAAAAGCGCUCAAUACGUUGUCUUCGAUUUAUGUACUUGAAAGCAUCGGGUCACUUCAAAGCAUCGAUUCUUUUCCUGUCAGAGAUCCUCCCUGCCCAGGCGUUAACACCGGUGUUCUCCGCUUGAUCUCAUCCGAUCUCUUUCACUGGAAACUUAAAACAAGACAAAAAUGGGUUUCUCGGUCUAUCUUUUCCUCUACCUGGCCGCUAUGCUGACCGUGAUCCGAGCGCAAUUACUGCCAUCUUCAAUCUUGUGUGCACCUGCUCGCGGACCCCUGAUCACAAGAGACGACUGCAAGAAGAGCUUGCACAGAUUUUCCUCUGAGAGUAACGUCAUUUUCUGGAGUCGCGAGGUCAACUUCUACUCUUGCGGAACAUGCAAGCUUAUCAUAACUAAACCCACUUUACCCCGCUCAGUCCAUCAUGCCGCAGUCCAUGGAGAUGCGUUAACUGCCAUGCAUCUAGGCAUGGAAAAGUGUGAGGGUAAACCAACUAACGCGACAAUUGGUAACUCUGAGCCCAUUUCCGUGUUGUUGGACCAUGGUAACGGGGAGAAGUGCCCAAAUUGGUAGAAAAUUGGCUUUCCAGAGGAGGGUUGAUGUCUACACACUUGUUCUUCGAUUUACUUGAACCCAAUCAACCGACAUCCUAAUCAUCAGAGAUUGUCACGUUUUCACUCCCUGCUUUGAGUCACUUCUUUGGGAAACUUUUGUCAGUUUCCUGCUCAAACCCACAUUGAAAGCUAAGGCCUUUCAGCUAGACACAAAAAGCUCAGAAAAUGUCUGUAUGGGAAGGAACAUCAUCGUGUGAGA